GGAAAAUCCGGCGAUAUCCGAACUCCUCGGAAUUCUUACUCAUUCCUUUCAGUACGAACGCGACCUUCAAACCGAGUUCAAGAUGCCCGCGAGGCUCCAACUUCAAUUUGUUCUUUUAAUAUUCAUUGGUAGUACCCUAGUUGAUUCCACUCCCCGAAGAUCUUCCCGCUACCGUCCACCAAAGCCACGCUUCGAGGUAUACCAACCGCGUGGGUUGAUCGCUUGGAUCCCUGAAGAAGCGGGGAUCACUCUGUUUGGAUUCCACGCCAAACUAAACCACCGCUUCGAGGACGAGUACGAGAUUGGCCGUUGGGCCAAGACGCUGACUCAGCCCCGGAACGGCCGCUUUGUGUUCGUCGACCGGAAGGCCGAGUUGAAGGUCGGCGAUACGAUCUACUACAAGACGGUGAUUACGCACAACGGCGUGACGUACCGUGGGAACUAUGGCACGUAUGAGGUCACCAGGUUUACCGGGCCUACGCCGGGGGUUGGCGGAGGAGGUCGGAAGACGACUACGUCAACGACGCUGCCUCCGUUUGUGUACAAAAACAACGAACGGCGAACGAAAGGUGUAGAUCCGGAUACGUACGUUCCACUAGGUCCGUUCGACUACGAAUCCAAAGAGUUCCAGUCUCCACCGCUGAUCCGAACUCGGACAAUCUCCACGCAAACCAGCGCCGAAGAGCUGGGCUAUAAAGAGUGCGAUCGAGCGCGAACCCUGGUCAACGGUCGCAAGGUGUGCAGCGGCAAGCUGAUCUUCGAGGAAACCUUCGAUGGUCGCUCCCUGAACGAACAAAAGUGGCGCAUCGAAAACCGCUUCGGCUCGGAUCCGGACAACGAGUUCGUCGUGUACGCCGACUUCAACGAGAACAUCCAGGUCCGCGACGGGAAACUCGCCAUCAAGCCGACCCUGUUCGAGAGCAAGUUUGGCCCGGGCUCGACCAACACCAAGUUUAUGUUUGCCGCGGAGUGUACGGGCGUGUUGAACUCGCGGGAUUGCAUCCGGGAUCGGAAGAUUGACUUUGAUAUGAUACCGCCGGCGCUUUCGGCGCAGAUAUCGACGUUUAAUUCGUUUAAGUUUAUGUAUGGGAAGGUGGUGAUUAGGGCGAAGUUGCCGAAGGGGGAUUGGAUAUUUCCACAGCUCUACCUCCGCCCGAGCAACGAAUUCUACGGCCGUGACGAGUACGCUUCCGGCCUGAUGCGGGUGGCCUACUCCCCGGGUGGUCCCCGCCUGCGGAACCAACUCUCCGGCGGUCUCAUCCUCAACAACGCCGAACCGCUGCGCUGCUCCAAAAUGUGCACCCUCACGCGGCCACCCAACUGGAGCGACCAAUUUCACGAGUUUGCGCUAACUUGGAGCCCGGAGGGAAUUUUCAUGGAGGUGGACAAGGAAACGUACUGUCACAUCGUUCCGGAGGGGGCGGGGUUUUACGAGGAGAUGGUCGCGACGAAGCCGCAGAUUGCGAACUUGUGGAAGCUGAGCGGGAAUCGGAUGGCGCCGUUCGAUAAGGAGUUUUACGUUAGCUUAGGGGUUGGUGUGGGGGGUCAUUACGAUUUUCAUCUGUUUCCGGAAAAGCCGUGGAAGGAUUUGUCGGUGAAGGCGAUGUACACGUUUUGGAAUGCUCGCGGCGAUUGGUAUCCGACGUGGAAUGCGAACAGUACGCUGCUGGUGGAUUACGUGAGAGUUUACGCUGUUUAAAUGUUCCUGACUUAGUUUGUAAGGAUUUUUCGGCGUAAAUAAAAAUGGUUCCUUCAAAUUGA